GAACAUGAGCAUAAGCCCCAAAUAAAGAAACACUUUCAUCAGAAUCAAGAUUGAUGCGAAAAAUGGGCUACAACCUUGAGUCGUUGUUUUGCUGCAAAACGAAGAGCAUUGCAAGUGGUUUUGGAAAAAAGAACCCGAUAAACUGAUUAAUCUGUGGUAAAUCCGCGAUAGAAUAUGAGCAUUUAGCCCCAAAUAAAGAAAAACUUUCAUCAAAAUCAGGAAUGAUGCGAAAAGUGAGCUACAACCCUGAGUUGUUGUUUUGCUGUAAAACGAAGAACGUUCCAAGUGGUUUUGGAAAAGAGCCCGGUAAACUGAUUAAUCUGUGGUAAAUCCUCGAUAGAACAAGAGCAUUUUUCCCAAAUAAAAAAACACUUUCAUCAGAAUUCGGAAUGAUGCGAAAAAUGGGCUACAACCUUGAGUAAUUGUUUUGCUUCAAAACGAAGAACGUUGCAAGUGGUUUUGGAAAAAGAGCCUGAUAAACUGAUUAAUGUGUGAUAAAUCCACGAAAGAACAUGAGCAUUCUGCCGCAAAUAAAAGAACACUUUCAUCAGAAUCAAGAUUGAUGUGAAAAAUGGGCUAUAACCUUGAGUAAUUGUUUUGUUUCAAAACGAAGAACGUUGCAAGUGAUUUUGGAAAAAAUAGGCCGAUAAACUGAUUAAUCUGUGGUAAAUCCACGGUAGAACAUGAGCAUUUUCCCCAAACAAAGAAACACUUUCAUCAGAAUCAGGAAUGAUGCGAAAAAUGGGCUACAACCUUGAGUAAUAGUUUUGCUGCAAAACGAAGAGCAUUGCAAGUGGUUUUGGAAAAAAGAACCCGAUAAACUGAUUAAUCUGUGGUAAAUCCGCGAUAGAACAUGAGCAUUUAGCCCCAAAUAAAGAAAAACUUUCAUCAAAAUCAGGAAUGAUGCGAAAAGUGAGCUACAACCCUGAGUUGUUGUUUUGCUGUAAAACGAAGAACGUUCCAAGUGGUUUUGGAAAAAAGAGCCCGAAUUCGGAAUGAUGCGAAAAAUGGGCUACAACCUUGAGUAAUAGUUUUGCUUCAAAACGAAGAGCAUUGCAAGUGGUUUUUGGAAAAAAGAGCCCGAUAAACUGAUUAAUCUGUGGUAAAUCCACGGUAGAACAUGAGCAUAAGCCCCAAAUAGAGAAAAACUUUCAUCAAAAUCAGGAAUGAUGCGAAAAGUGAGCUACAACCCUGAGUUGUUGUUUUGCUGCAAAACGGGGAAAUUUUUAGCUCUUUUACGAGUGGUUUAGCAAAGUGUUGGGAAACUCAGCAAGAAACGUUAAAAACUUCGUUGUUUUAUGUUGCAAUAAUGGCACCGGCAACAGCACUCAAGGAGCAACCCGCAUCAUCCAAUUCUACCGGCAUAAAUGCAGUUCUUCUGGGGCCGCCGGGCUCCGGAAAAGGCACUCAGGCACCGUUGCUAAAGGAAAAGUAUUGCGUCUGCCACUUGUCCACGGGUGACAUGCUGCGCGCAGAAAUAGCUUCAGGUUCUAAGCUUGGAGCUCAGCUGAAAAAGGUCAUGGACGAAGGAAAGCUAGUUUCCGACGAAUUGGUUGUCGAUAUGAUUGAUUCUAAUCUUGAUAAGCCCGACUGUCGCAACGGAUUCCUGUUGGAUGGAUUCCCGCGAACUGUUGUGCAAGCGCAAAAGUUGGACAACUUGCUUGAGAAGCGCAACACCGGGUUGGAUGCGGUCAUUGAGUUCGGCAUAGGCGAUAGCCUUCUUGUGCGCCGAAUUACCGGACGGCUUAUCCAUCAAGCUAGCGGGCGCUCAUAUCACGAAGAGUUUGCUCCCCCUAAGGUACCGAUGCACGACGACGUUACAGGAGAACCACUGAUGCGCCGUAGCGAUGACAAUGCGGAGGCGUUGGUCAAACGGCUAGAAGCCUACCAUCGCCAAACAAAACCGCUUGCCGAAUAUUAUGCGCUACGUGGACUGCACUUCCGCGUUAAUGCUGCUAAAAGUGCAACCGAUGUGUUUUCCAAUAUAGACAACAUCUUUAAGCAGCAACGAGCACACCGAAUACGGCUAUAAAACCAAUUGGGAUAGAAUUGAUCAACCAUCCUGCUGCCUGUUAGUUUUUGUAAUACUUUACCUUCACAUUCGGAAGAGGAUGAAACAUCCAUUGUGUAAGCUAUUCCAACAGUAAACUAGCAAGCUCUUGAACUAUCACUAUCCUCUACCUUGCAUUUUAAAAUGAUCAAUUUAGCUAGCAAAACUGCCGGAGGAAUCGCUGUUUUUUUUGUUUAUUGUCAACCAAUUGCAAAUUCACGUCGAAUAUCAGCAUGAUCGGUAAAGUGAAUAUGCAGCAUAAAAUGGGCAAUAAAACAGAAUAUUUAAGAAAAU